CUCACUCCCCAACCUUGACCUUUAUAUAAAUCAAGGUCUAGUAGUUUCUUCAAGUAACACUCACUAGAUUGCUCUUCACUUCUUAUCCAUGCUCCAUAAAAUGGUUUCCAAAUCCAUUUUUCUUCUUGGCAUUUUUCUUGUAGUGGCCACUAAGGUUUUUUCUUAUGAUGAAGAUCUCAAGAUUGUGGUGAACUAUGCAAUAAAAGCACCAACUCCUGUGGUGACAAUUCCCACACCCCCUUCUCAAGGGAAUGCACCCCCAACUCCUCCUAUUGUGAAGGCACCUUCUCCUCCCCCAAUAGUGAAAACACCACCUUAUCAAUCACCACCUAUUGUUAAGGCACCAACUCCACCACCUUAUGUCAAGGUACCUCCACCUCCACAACCACCAAUAGUGAAUCCCCCUUUGGCUCCAACUCCACCACCAACUCCAAUAGUGAAAUCAUUGAAGGAUUGCAUUCCACUGUGUGGUUAUAGAUGCCAAUUGCAUUCAAGGAAGAAUUUAUGCUUGAGAGCAUGCAUGACAUGUUGUGACCGUUGCAAAUGUGUCCCUCCAGGAACUUAUGGCAACAGAGAAAAAUGUGGCAAAUGCUACACUGAUAUGUUGACUCAUGGCAACAAAUUUAAGUGUCCAUAGAUACAUAUACAUCUAUCUAGUUAAUGGUUCCUAAGCUUUUGUAAUACUAAUAAUUAAUUAUGCUUGAAAUGUUGUUAUGUGGUUUAAAUUUGCUGGUUUAUUAAAUAACUUAAGUGACCAGCAUUACAUUAAUAUUCAAGUUACUAUGUUGUUAAAUCAAUUAAUUACUAUAUGACUAGUUCAACAUGGUUUGUGUUGUCUAUGUGAUCCAGGAAUUUAUAAUGAAAAUAAAUGGUAUUUAACAUGGAA